UGACCAGAGACUGCGGACACAGUGCAGGAGAUGACCAGAGACUGCGGACACAGCGGACACAGUGCAGGAGACCAGACAGUGCAGAGACUGCCAGAGACUGCGGACACAGUGCAGGAGAUGACCAGAGACUGCGGACACAGUGCAGGAGAUGACCAGAGACUGCGGACACAGUGCAGGAGAUGACCAGAGACUGCGGACACAGUACAGGAGAUGACCAGAGACUGCGGACACAGUACAGGAGAUGACCAGAGACUGCGGACACAGUACAGGAGAUGACCAGAGACUGCGGACACAGUACAGGAGAUGACCAGAGACUGCGGACACAGUACAGGAGAUGACCAGAGACUGCGGACACAGUACAG